CGACGGUGACGCUCCAAUUACACCAACCCUCUAGCGCUCGUCGUAUCUCUCUCGUGCUACCCUCCUCCUGUCCUAAUCCUAUAGACACCUUCCCUCUUUGUUUCUUGUCUCUAGUGUAACGACAGUCAACCAAGAUGCCCCCGCCUCAUUACGACUUCCUCAUCAAGCUCCUGCUGAUCGGUGACUCCGGCGUUGGCAAGUCGUGCCUGCUGCUCCGGUUCUGCGACGACGCUUGGACGCCGUCCUUCAUCACGACCAUCGGCAUCGACUUCAAGAUUCGCACCAUUGAGCUCGACGGGAAGCGUAUCAAGCUCCAGAUAUGGGAUACCGCCGGACAAGAACGCUUCCGGACGAUCACGACCGCGUACUACCGCGGCGCCAUGGGCAUCCUGCUCGUGUAUGAUGUCACCGACGAGCGCUCCUUCAACAACAUCCGAACGUGGCACGCCAAUAUCGAGCAGCACGCUUCGGAAGGCGUCAACAAGAUCCUCAUCGGCAACAAGUGUGACUGGUCGGACAAGCGGGCCGUGACUGAGGAGCAGGGCAAGGCCCUCGCCGACGAGCUCGGCAUCAAGUUUAUGGAGACCUCCGCAAAGGUGAACGAGGGCGUCGAGGAGGCCUUCUUCUUGCUGGCAAGAGACAUCAAGACCCGCCUUAUCGAUUCGCAAGCCGACGCCGCCGGCGCGCAGGGCGGCGCGUCAGGUGCGGACGGCUCCGUGCGCGUCAACCAGCCCUCGCAGGCGACCACAGCAGGCGGUUGCUGCUAGACUCGUUUGCAGUCUUCCAUCCGGAAGCGAGGAGGAAGGAGGGCAUAUAGCAGACGGCAGUACGAAACCCCCUCGCAAUAUUUCUUGUAUGAGAGACAAAAGAGAAGCUCUUUUUCCUAGCCUGACUUUUGUUGUCUGUCCACACCCACUCCGACCUCUCCCCCAUACCUAGGAUAUCCACCCCCCUGUACUAUACCACGCAGACGCGGAAUCCGAUUCUUCUCUUCACCUUUUC